AUAACUGGUUUCAUCGCUUGGCCAUCAACCAUCUCUCCCACUGUCUCCGAGCUGUCACAGAGAGGGUAAACCGCCAUUUAAAUUGACCGGGCUGGGAAGUGGAAAAAAUGGGUAUGAUGGGCUUGUGGAAACCACAACAGCAGUUUACCGUAACUUUGAUUCGGCCCAACAGCAGAAAAUUGUGCUUCAAGCUCUGGAAAAAGCUAUACCCAGGCCCAUUCUUUUGUUGAUGAGAAUAGUGCUUCCGCAAACAACGUUUGUAAGAGAAUGUUGCGCCGCCUUCACCACAAUCUUUUUAACUUGGCUCGUAGGUCCCUGCGAGGUUCGGGAGGGAGACUUUAUGGAAAGGAAAGAAAAGAACACUGUACACGUUGUAAAAUGCAGGUUCUUGGAGGAGACCAACUGUGUAGGAAUGUGUACCAAUCUAUGCAAGUUACCAACUCAAACGUUCAUCAAGAAGUCCAUGGGAAUGCAUGUCAAUAUGGUCCCUAAUUUUGAUGAUAUGAGCUGCGAGAUGAUCUUCGGGCAGGUUCCUCCCUCUUCAUCGGAAGAUCCGGCGUUGAACCAGCCUUGCUACAAGUUAUGUAACUUGAAGAGAAAGCACCACCAAAAUUAUUGUAGCAACGAAUGAUUAUCAGUAUCGAAACAUAUAUGGAGACACAAGCAUUACCAAUAUUGCGAUGUCCGGUCCAAUGUUGCGCGUGGAGGAUUUAAACCCGAAUCUAAUCAUUCUCAAUCUUACUUCAUGUAGGAGGUCCGGGAGGAGUGAUAAUAUUGCGUAAUAGCGUUAUAAGUAACGGUAUACGAACAAACAUGAUCGCUUUAAAUUAAACUUAUAUCGGGAAU